UUUAAUUUGCUCGGCCACGUAAGUCAGGGUCGUAUUUUUCGUCUUAAAAUAUAUUAAUUACGUUAAUUCACAAUAAAGGUUAAUAUGUGAGAAUGCUGUAAUAUAUAACAGAAGUAUAUUACUAGUGUUUUGUGUUAAAGUCACCGUAUUGUAGAUCGACAAAUCAUGUCUAAUUUGCCACCUAAUCCGUUUGUAAGCCAGCCUGGAGCGAAUGCAAACCCUGUGCAAGCCUUUAACCAUAAUCAAUACGCUCAAGUACCAUUGGGUCAGCUGCCCCCAGGAUAUGGAGGACUGAAGGACAACAAUUCAAAUAGUCCUCUUCAUGGAACAAUAUCACCUCAAAAUAAUGCUAUACAAAACAUAAACAACUUCAAUCAAAGUGCCAGUAGCUCACCAGCUUUCAAUCAGCCUGGAUUGGUGCAAGGUGGAAUGCAAGGUUCGCCAAUGAGACCUUUUCCACAAAGCUCUCAACCUCUAAAUCAGAUAUCAUCGCCUAGUCCUGUUUUUGUUUCCAAUCCAAACCCUUAUACCCCUAACUAUCAACCUCAGAAACAAAUCAACGAUAAUGUACCACCACUAGUACCCCCUAGUCAACAUAAUCAACCCCUUGUGAAUGGGCCUCCUUUGGCUGCAUCCAUGCCAAACCCAACAUCUAGUAGCUACAGUCCUGUGCCUCCAUUAAAUAGGCCUCCAGUAGGAGGAUAUGGCCCCAGUUCAAUCAAUCAAUAUGGUCCAGCUCCAAAUACAAAGCCUUCAGGACCACAGUCACUGCCCAUACAACAUAGUACUCAGUUUCCAGGCCCACCUCUGGCUGGUCCAACAAAUAUAGGUACCUCAGUGCCUCCUGUCAGUAGAAAUGUUGGGCCUUCAGUUCCUGGGCCUCUGAAUCCACCUUAUGCAAGUCCUAUAUCGGGUCCUGUCACUAACCCUCCAAUAAGUGGCCCUCAUAUGGGUUUCUCAGUAAAUGGACCACGCUUAAAUGCCUUACCGCCAAAUUCAGCAGUAGAAGCAAGGCCAGUGGGCCUAAAUGGUCCUUUACCACCAGUCUCUGGACCUCCCAAGCAGUUCAGUUCUGCAAAUCCUCUACCAAUGAUGCCAUCUGUAAGCUCUCCACCUGGUCAACCUUAUUUAAAUCAACCUGUAAGUCAGCCAGGACUUAACUCCAAUAUUGGUUCAAAUGUACCCACAGCACUAACACCGCCCAUGAAUCAAAAUAUACCAGUAAAUCAACAAGCGGGGCCUCCAAGUGGACCAACUGGUGGGCCAUUGAAAAGUAAUAUGCAGAGCAGAUAUCCUCAGAUGCCACAGGCCAGUUACAAUCAACAGUCUGCUCCGCAACAAUCUAUGAAAUAUCCACAGCAGUACAAUGCUCAAGGUUUGACACAGCAAAUGGGACAGUUGAGUGUAACCAAGCAAGGUUUUGACCAACUUUGGGGUCAUCACAUGGUUGACUUGCUGCAAACUAGACAUAUAUUGCCUGAAUACCCAGAGGAUCCUCCGGAAAUUAAGCUCGGACACCAGUUUGCUGAUUCACCCAAUUGUAGUCCUGAAAUAUUCAGAUGCACGCUGAAUAAGAUACCAGAAACGAACAGCCUACUCCAGAAGUCAAGACUACCGUUGGGCAUACUCAUACAUCCAUUCAAGGAUCUCAAUCAUCUACCAGUGAUCCAGUGCGCUACGAUAGUCCGCUGUCGGGCUUGUCGGACGUACAUCAAUCCGUUUGUCUACUUCGUCGAUGCGAAGCGAUGGAAAUGCAAUCUGUGUUAUAGGGUCAAUGACUUGCCAGAAGAGUUUCAAUACGACCCGGUGAGCAAGUCGUACGGCGACCCGUCGCGGAGGCCGGAGAUCAAGUCGGCGACCAUAGAGUUCAUCGCGCCCGGCGAGUACAUGCUGCGACCCCCGCAGCCCGCGGUCUACCUGUUCUUGUUCGACGUGUCGCAGAUAGCCACAGACUCCGGCUACCUUCAGGUCGUCUGCGACGUGCUGAUGAGCAACCUGGACCAGCUGCCGGGCGACGCGCGGACGCAGAUCGGCUUCAUCUGCUACGACACCCACGUGCACUACUACUCCAUGGGCGAGGGGCUCGCCAGGCCCAAGGAGAUGACCGUCCUGGACAUCGACGAUAUAUUCCUGCCGUCCCCGGAGUCGCUGCUGGUGAACCUGGGCGAGCGGCGCGAGGCGGUGUGCGCGCUGCUGGGCGCCCUGCCCGCGCGCGCCGCCCCCGCGCCCCGCGGCCCCGCGCCCCCCGCCUCCGCGCUGGGCGCCGCGUUGCAGGCCGCCUACAGGCUCAUGGCGCCAACGGGCGGGCGCAUCACGGUGUUCCAGACGUGCCUGCCCACCGCCGGCCCCGGCGCGCUGCACUCCAGAGAGGAUCCCAACGCGAGAUCUUCGAAAGAUGUGAACCACUUGAACCCGGCGACCGACUUCUACAAACGUUUGGCUCUCGACUGCAGCGGCGCGCAGCUGUCCAUUGACUUGUUCCUGUUGAACUCGCAGUAUUCUGACCUUGCGACGUUAAGCGGCAUGAGCAAGUUCAGCGGCGGGUCGGUGUACCACGUGCCGCUGUACUCGAGCGCGCGGCCGCAGCACGUGCGCACGCUGCAGCGCAUGCUCACGCGCUACCUCACCAGGAAGAUCGGCUUCGAGGCCGUCAUGAGGGUCCGCUGCACCAGAGGAAUCUCCAUACACACGUUCCACGGCAACUUCUUCGUGCGGUCCACGGACCUGUUGUCGCUGCCCAACGUGUCCCCGGACGUGGGUUUCGGCAUGCAGCUCACCAUCGAGGAGUCGCUGUCCGACCUGCAGCAGGUCUGCUUCCAGGCCGCGCUGCUCUACACCAGCAGCAAGGGCGAGAGGCGGAUACGGGUGCACACGCUGGCGCUGCCGCUGGCCAGCACGCUGCCCGAGGUGCUGCACGCCGCCGACCAGCACUGCAUCAUAGGACUGGUCAGCAAAAUGGCGGUGGACCGUUGCGUGUCGGCGUCGCUGGCGGAGGCGCGCGAGGCGCUGACCAACGUGGCUGCGGACGCACUGAGCGCGCACCGCCUCGCGCAGAACGCGCCCGCCGCCGCGCCCGGCCUGCCCGCGCCCGCCGCGCUGCGCCUGCUGCCGCUCUACCUGCUCGCGCUGCUCAAGCGGAAAGCGUUCAGGACGGGCACGUCGACGCGGCUGGACGACCGCGUGGCCGACAUGUGCUCGCUGAAGUGCCUGCCGCUGGAGCAGCUGCUGCGGCUCGUGUACCCCGCGCUGUACCCGCUGCACGCGCUCGCCCCCCCGGCCCCCCCGCACGACGCGCCUUGCCCCCCGCGCCUGCACCUGUCCGCCGAGAGGAUCAACAGCAACGGCGCGUACCUGCUGGACGACGGCGAGUGCAUGAUCAUCUACGUGUGCCACGGCGUCGCGCCCGCCUUCCUGGCCGACGCGUUCGGAGUCUCCGCGCAUGCGCAGCUCGGCGACGAGGGCCGCGCCCUGCCGCGCCUCGACACCGAGCCCAGCGCGCUGCUGCACGCCUUCAUAGACAAACUCAACGACGACAGACCUUACGCCUCCGAAAUUUUGAUAUUGAAAGACAAUUCCCCGUCGAGACACCUGUUCUUGGAGAGGCUGGUGGACGACCGAGUCGAGUCGGCAUUCUCCUACUACGAGUUUCUGCAGCACAUCAAGAGCUUAGUGAAAUGAUUGUCGUGUGACUAUCGAGUGACUUUUCAGCUCGAUUUGAAACUGCAUUAGUGUCGUAACGUGCUGUGAAGCGUUUGUAAAUGACUGAAUGUGACACUGCCCUAAUGUAAGCGAGUUUCGAUGAGAACUGGCACGUAUCGAUUUUUCGAUAUCGAUAAAUAUAACAUCGAUUUUUCUAUUUGUAGAGGCUAAAUAUGUUUUGUUUGUUACGAAAAUAUAUUUCUAAACGUCUCUAUCUCUCACUCUCUCUAAAUUAGUGUAAGUUAUAACAAUGUGGCUUACAAACCUUAGUCUUCCGCGACGACGAGAAUAGUGAUGUGAUUGAAUCGUCGAUAUAAAAUUGAAUGAGAUUUUUACCGAAAAUGUUUUCUAAUAAAAUCUGUGGCUUUUAAGACUCAAAAAGUGCUUUAUUGUUUCGGUUUCAAGAAUCAUCAAGAAUGAUGUAACUGCACUAGGCGACGUUGCCGAUGCAUUGUCGCUGUCAGUAACAAGGACAACGGUAAGACCAUCGAAAAAAAGUUUUCAAUCGAAACUCGUGUCACUCAAAGCUGAAAGCACAAACAAGUACGAAUAUUUCGAUUAAAAUUUGUAUCGAACAUUGUGUGUGCGUUCAAAAUUGAGCUUAAUGUAUAUUGACAAUAGAGUUAGAAUAAAUGUGUUGGAAAUAGAUGUUAUGUUCGAUACAUGGAAUUUUUGGAUUAGUUUUUUUUUUGUCAAUAUCUAAUUAUGAAACAACUCACGGAACUAAGCAGUCAUUUUUGUCACUUCAUACAAAAACUUGCCCAUGAAAUAUGUCUGAUUAAAGUCGCUAAACAAGUUCUAUACCAAAGCUUGCUUUGCGGUAAUGGGGUGUACAGGGAAAAAACAUAGUAUAAAAAAAAA